AUUAUGCUCCGAAUAUAUUAUAGGUGUAAAUAGAUAUAAAACUUUAAUAUGGCUGAGGUGUCAGCAAAAACACUAACAGAAGACAUUGAAGAAUUAAGAAGAAAGAUUGCACUUCUUGACGGUGACAGAAAAGCAUAUUAUGAAAACUCUCAAUGGUCAAUACAAAUGAACAAAGACACCAUUCAAAAGCUGCGAACAAAAAAUAAAGAAUUGCGUUUAGAUCUUGCUAAAAAGAAAGCAGGCGAUGAAAAAGUUAUUGAUGAUGCUUUCCAAGAAAAAGAUCCUGUUCGACAUUGUGCCAUGAGAGGAAUGUCUGGAAAGGAAGCUAUUGGGAAACUAGACCAGCAGGUUUGUGAAACAAAAAAACGGUUAAAUGCUUUAAACCAUCAGUGUAAAAUGCGGGAGAAAAAGUUAGCAUCGUUGCAAACUGAGUAUGAUCAAAUGCAGAAAGAUGCAGCCACAGUGACUCUUGCAGCUGUUGGAGAAUCUGAAGAAGCACAGCGACUACGUAUUCUUGAAAACCGCUUGGACAAGAUGAAUUUAAAAUUAAAUGAAGCCAACAAAAUUCGAUCUACUUAUGUGCAAAUACUUGAACAUCAAAAAGAGGAACGAAGAACAUGGCCAAAACAGUUAGACGCUUUAGAACAAGGAAUUAAACAGCAAAAUGAGGAGUUAAAAGAGCUUCAUAUUAUGCACAAUGAUGCUCAAAUAGCACGUGAUACAGCACGUGCUGAGCUAUCAAAACUAGAGCAGUCGGUAUAUGAAGCUAAGAAGGAGAGGGAGUCACAGCUGAUGGAAUAUAAGAAGCAAGCCGCUGAAAAAAAAGAGCAUGCUGAAAAGGUUGAGAAAAGGUUACAAAGAGCUUCGUUGCAACAAGAUGAAAGCACUAACGACCAAAAAUCACAACUGUCGGGCGAAGAGCAAGAACGAAAAAUUACAACAUAUGAAGAAGCCAUGUCCAAAAUCAAAGAAGCUACCGGCGUUUCAGAUAUUCAAGAAGUGGUACAGAGGUUCCUUUCACAAGGUGACACGCAAAAACAUCUCGAAGCAUUGAAGUUGAAUAACGACAAAACGUUGGUAAGGUUAAAGGAAGAACUUGAGAAAUUACAAAGAGAAUUUGAGGAAAUGAAAUAUUCUGGUGAAGCGAAAAUGUCAAGUGGUCAACGCUUGCUAGAAGAAUACGAAACCAAUUUAAAAUUAAUUAAAGAGAAAGAGAAGGAAGCCAAGCAGAAACAGAAAGCGACAAGCCAAAUCUUGGUUGAUGUAAAGGCUGGGGUGGAACACCUUGCGGAUAAAUUGCAACAUUUGAAAGCGCCGAAGGGGCAAGUCCCACAAGCACAACUCACGCCGACAUCUGAUGAAUACAUACUAGAUCUGCUAGGUGUCUGUGAACAGAAAUUGUUGAAGUUGAUGGAAGAACUAGAAGGUAAAGAUAUACAAGAUGUUAUUAAAGAAAUGGAAGACUCUGAAUUUCGAGUGUCAAUGGAACAAAAACUGCCAGCUCACAAUACGAGAGUCAAACUACCUGCCGUCAACGAACGUAUUGCUGGAUUUGAAGAUGAUGACGAUAGCGGAGAUGAUGAUGACUAUUUGUCGCGGAACGCCAUCAAGAGAAAUUCACAGCAAAUUGUUGACGCCAAAAACAAAAAGCAUAAAGCUAGACCCAAAAGAAAGAAUAAAAAAUAAUUUUAGCACUUUUUUGUUUUUAUUUUUACAAUGUGUAUAUUUUGUCAAUUAUAAAUAUCCAAUGCCUA